UUCACAUUUUAUCAAUGGCUGACAUUAGUCACCCUCCCAUGGAACAACUUCAAGAUUUAGAGUACUGUAUUGAUUCAAAUCCACCUUGGCCCGAAACCAUAUUAUUAGCUUUUCAAAACUACAUUCUAAUGCUUGGAACAAGUGUAAUGAUCCCUACUUUGCUCGUCCCCUUGAUGGGUGGAUCGGAUGGUGAUAAGGCUCGUGUUAUACAAACUUUACUAUUUGUAUCGGGUAUCAACACAAUUCUACAAACGCUAUUUGGAACUAGGUUGCCUGCUGUUGUUGGAGGCUCGUUUGCUUAUGUUAUGCCCAUACUUUACAUUAUAAAUGAUUCAUCUCUGCAACGGAUCCCAGAUCAUCAUGAUAGAUUUAUACAAACAAUGAGAGCUAUUCAAGGAGCAUUAAUCGUUGCUUCUAGCAUUCAAAUAAUAGCCGGCUACAGUCAACUUUGGGGUCUCUUUUCACGAUUUUUUAGCCCCCUUGGCAUGGCACCGGUUGUUGGUUUGGUUGGUUUGGGACUAUUUCAGCGAGGAUUUCCAAUGCUAGGAAAUUGUGUAGAAAUCGGUUUACCUAUGCUACUUUUAGUUAUUGGAGUUUCACAGUAUCUAAAGCAAACAAGACUACUAAAAGAUGUUCCCAUUUUUGAGCGGUUUCCUUUAUUGAUAUGCAUCUCGAUUAUCUGGAUCUAUUCAAUCAUAUUAACUGCCAGCGGAGCAUAUCGGAAUAAACCCAUUGCAACUCAAAAUAGCUGCCGUACAGACAGAGCAAAUCUCAUAUCUACUGCCCCAUGGUUCAAGUUUCCUUACCCUUUACAGUGGGGCCCACCUACUUUUUCAGCUGGCCAUUCAUUCGCUAUGAUGUCAUCAGUUCUUGUGUCAAUGGCUGAGUCAACUGGUGCAUAUAUGGCUGCAUCCCGGCUCGCAAUUGCAACCCCUCCACCUGCUUAUGUGCUUAGCAGAGGUAUUGGCUGGCAGGGAAUAGGGGUACUUCUGGAUGGACUUUAUGGAACUGGAACUGGAUCAACAGUGUCAGUGGAAAAUGUGGGUCUUCUCGGACUAACACGAGUUGGGAGUCGAAGAGUUGUUCAGCUUUCAGCCGCUUUCAUGGUUUUCUUUUCCAUUUUAGGAAAAUUUGGAGCAGUGUUUGCAUCUAUACCUUUUCCCAUAUAUGCAGCACUGUAUUGUAUUCUUUUUGGCCUAGUAGGUGCUGUUGGAUUAUCGUUUCUUCAGUUCACCAACAUGAAUUCUAUGAGAAACCUCAUCAUAAUUGGGCUUUCCCUUUUUCUUGGAAUUUCUAUUCCUCAGUAUUUUGAUGAGUAUGCGACUGUACGUCAUGGCCUUGUUCGAACCAAUGCUGGUUGGUUUAAUGCAUUCUUGAAUGCCAUAUUCUCGUCACCACCGACAGUUGGACUAAUCGUGGCAGUGUUCCUUGACAACACAUUAGAUGUUGUGAAUUCAAAGAAAGAUAGAGGAAUGCCGUGGUGGGUAAAGUUCAGAACGUUUAGAGGGGACAACAGGAAUGAAGAAUUCUACACAUUGCCGUUCAAUCUAAACAGGUUUUUCCCACCAACAUAACCAGUGGAGGGAAAGCAGUUUAUUAGAAAGAGAAACAAGUUACUAACAUCCAUUUUGCAGCAAUAUUAUGGACAAAACAUUCCUUUAAAUUGGGAAUGAUUAGGGUUCUUUUUGGGGUCAUUAAUUCAGAGCCAAGCUUAUUGCAUUGAUCAAUUAGGUAUCUUGAGUAGAAGCAGGAGCAGGGUAUAAAUAUUAAAAUGUAGAGCUUUUGAUCAUUAUUUCCUUUUGAAGUUUAUUUACUAAUAAAGGGAAAAUUGAGACAAGAUUAAUGUUUUUGUUCUCAAAUUGCUUGUACGAGUCAAUUCCUAAUACACACAUGCAUUUUGUUCAUACCUAUAUUUUUUAUAUAUAGGUGCAUGUGUAUAUGUUGACAUAAUACAUGUUUACAGGAGACGUAUAUUAAGUUUUGUAUGUUAACAUAAAUGUGUCUAUACAUUAUGCAAAAUAUAUGAAUACAUGUAUAUA